CGUUCGCUUCUGCAAGCGAUGUCCCCUUUUAUGCCGCCCGCCUCCGACCAGCGGUAAUUGACAGAAAAGGUUACUAUACUACAAAACCACAGCACCGCCACACACACCCACAUCCUCUCUCCGUUUCCUCCAGUCCAACCUCAAUUUCGCACUAUUGUUUUUGAUUUGGAAAGCUUCUCUCUCGUGUUGACACUCGUAGGACUACCUCCGCUGAGCAGAGCACAGAGUCCACGCCCGCAUGGUGAUUGAAUCAUGUCAGCCAUGGAUUCCUCUCAGAGCCAACCCGAGCUGGUUCAAGAGCCCGCCACCUCUUCCUCUGAAACCACACUGCCGGCCGACAACGCGUCUGGCUCGAAAAAUGUUCCUUCCCCUACCUCUUCUGCUCACCCUCCUCGACUGCAGUCUUCACGUACCUCGUCUGAAGCCCCUCCAACAUCAAGCAUGACUGCCUCAUCGACUCCGCUCGGACAACUCAGCGCUGCCCGCCGGCCGGGUCUCCCUGCACAGCCUGCCACGUCUAGUACAGGAGCAAGCCUUAGACAAGAUAUCGAGGAGAGGAUGAGGCAAUUUCAACUAUCGAGACCGAGAAUGGCGCCCUCGACGCCAUCCGGCCCGCCUUCGGCAGGGACACCCCCAAUUGGAGGACCAGUAGUCGGAGGAAGGACCCCACCAAGCCCAGCAGCCGCUGGCAUUCCUGCUGGUGCCUUUCCUGGCGCCCCGAGUUUGAAGUUCCCGCCACACAGGCCCCAGGCCCCGAACUGGACCUCAGCUCCAGCUGUGACAAAUGCUGCCAAGAGAAACCCCAAGCCUUCGCUGGGAGCCCGGCGGGGCAUGGCGUUGCCUGGGGGUCUCCCGGGGACAUCACCUGCAGCUGGUCCUCUUGGAAAACCUAAAUUGGAUAUCGGCGCAAUCAAUAACGGUGUCAGCGAGAAACCUGGGGCGGAAGCAAACCCGGUCAAGGCGGCAGCAGAUCCAACUGGGUCGCUUUUCAAUAAGUUUUCGGAGAUUGUAGAUACCAAAUCCGGCACAUUGAACUUUGCAGGAAAGGCAGUUAUUCAUGGAAAAGGUAUUGACUUUACAGGGGGCAACAGUUUUAACAUUUCGCUGGACGAAGUCGAUACCUUGGAAGAGCUAGGGAAGGGAAACUAUGGCACCGUUUACAAAGUGCGACAUUCCCGGCCACAGAUGAGACGGCCCGGUCUCGGUCUCAAUGGCAACAAGGCGACAGCAUCAUUCCCGGGUCCGUCGACCACCGAUGGAGAUAAAAACGGCGAUCAGGAGAGCCCGGUGGCGCAAGGGGCGCCCAUUGGCCAAAGAGGCACAACGGGUAUUGUCAUGGCCAUGAAGGAAAUGCGACUGGAGCUGGACGAAGCCCGCUUUGCCGCAAUCAUUAUGGAACUAGACAUCCUCCAUCGGUGCAUUUCGCCCUUUAUCAUUGACUUUUACGGGGCCUUUUUCCAGGAAGGAGCUGUUUACAUUUGCAUGGAAUUCAUGGACGGAGGCUCCAUUGAUAAGCUGUAUGGCGACGGCGUUCCAGAGAAUGUCUUGCGGAAGAUUACCUUGGCCACGUUGAUGGGCUUGAAGGCGCUCAAGGACGAGCAUAACAUUAUUCAUCGCGAUGUUAAGCCAACAAAUAUCCUGGUCAAUACUCGGGGACAGAUAAAAAUAUGCGAUUUUGGCGUGAGUGGCAACUUAGUUGCCAGUAUUGCAAAGACAAAUAUUGGCUGUCAAAGUUACAUGGCACCAGAAAGAAUAGCUGGUGGAGGCGUUGCCCAAGCCGGCGCCAAUCCUGGCGGUGGCACGUAUAGCGUUCAGAGCGACAUCUGGAGCUUGGGCUUGACAAUUAUCGAAUGCGCCCUUGGCAGAUACCCAUACCCUCCCGAAACCUAUAAUAAUAUCUUUAGCCAGCUUAGUGCCAUUGUCGAUGGCGACCCGCCAGAUCUGCCACAGGGUGAAUUUUCCGAGGCUGCCCGAGAUUUUGUUCGCGGCUGUCUCAACAAGAUCCCAAAAUUGCGUCCUACGUAUGCAAUGCUUCUUCGCCACGCUUGGCUUGCACCGCUUGUGAAGCCCGCGACCAUCUCUGAAGAAGACGAACACACUGCGGACGGGACAGCAACUUCUAGCCAACCACCUGAGUUAGAGGUCGCAGAUCAAGAAGUCGCUGCCUGGGUCAAGUCUGCUAUCGAAGCCCGAAUCGCCGGAACGAUGGGCAAACACAAGAAGCCAGCUCUUCAUGCCGCCCCGCUUGACGCCGUUGCAAGCCCUCCACAAGAAAAGACCAAUGGUUUCGAGCAAAUUAGUCUACCAGUCGAGUCAUGAAGCAGCAGUUGAUUGGUUUUUGGCUGCCGUUUCCCCGCUCCUCUUGUUUCAUUUUUUCUCCUCCCGUACACGACUGUCCUAUGCUAUCACAAUCCCAGCCUUCUUCAUUCACAUUAUUAUAGCGAUUAGACGUUUGCAACCUGCUCAGAGCUUGGCCCGCUGGCGGACAUGCUGACAUAGCAAACUACGAGAUUAAGGAAAUAGGCAUUUCACAUCUAAUAACAAGUAUCCAUCGGGCUGAGUUUUCGCUUUCAAAGUGCUUUGCAGGUCCACUACAGUUUUCGUUCUAUACUUUGCCGUGCUUUUACAACGCCCCUGCUUGGAUUUUUAUUUAACAUCGCAUUAAAUGGCAUGAGAUUUUCCUUCAGAGAACGAUAAAAAUAUAGCAGCUUAUUCCAGUUUAUUUCUUUAUCUUGACCGGAAGCUAGGGGUCCACUAUGCGGU